AUGGCUACUCUCAACUCUCUCAAGGUAGCUCUGAGGCAAAGUGACAAUCAAAUGACCCCUGCCCUGGGGUCACCAUUAUCAGAAGAGCAGUACAGAGACGGCUUCAGUAUCUUGGCAAAGGGGUCUCAUUUGACUGUAUACAAGGACUUCAUUGUCCCCCAGCUAUGUCAUCUCCUCGUCCCACUUUUACACUUGCGCGCUCGCUUUUCGAUACUGGAGAUCGGACCUGGCCCGGAAAGCGUUUUGACUCAUCUCCCUGAGUACCUCAGAGCUCGAAUUACAAAAUACACCGCAUACGAGCCCAACAAAAUAUUCGCCAGCAGCCUUGAAACACAUCUCGGCUCUUCGGUAGGUACCAAGCCUUCUUUUCCGUCUCUUGAUGGCCCGGUCAUCCUCCAUCAGGCUCCGUUUGACCCAUACUAUGAAAAUGGAAGUGAUUUGAGUGCCAGCGGACACGAGAGCGAGAAAUUUGACUUGGUUCUGUUCUGUCACAGCAUGUAUGGCAUGAAAGAACAGAACAAGUGCAUUAAUAAAGCACUCGGGAUGUUGGCUGGGAUGCCUGCAAUUGGAAUGGUUGUGGUAUUUCACCGUGAUGGAUCCCUGAGUCUCGGCGGGCUGGCCUGUGAUCAAACGGCUUCUUUCCCAACAGGGACCGUUUGCGUGCCCGACGAUAACGCAUCAUUGGACUGCUUUGCAAGCUUUGUGUCUGGUUAUUCUUCACAUAACUUUGAAACUAUUCGACUCGGACGGCGAGAGGUAUGCCGCGAGCUCGGCCGGCGUGACGUAUCUCACCCAGACCAUCUGGUGUUUAGCUCGCCUGAGAUCAUGGUUACUUUCAAGAAAUCUGCCACUGCAUUAUCCAAGCUCAAAGGCAAGGUGCCACUCCUGUUCGGCAACCGAGAAGUCAAAAAUCGAGAAGCUCGUCUCUCCAAACCGUCUUGCGUCGUUCGACCAUCGGAAAUCUAUCAUAUUCAGCGGUGCGUGAAAUGGGCUCUCGAGCACAAUGUCGGGCUGAGUGUCAUCGGUGGAGGUCAUAGCGGGCACUGCAUGAGGUCUCACGUCGUCGCAGUUGACAUGGCCGACAUGAACAAAAUCAACAUCAUCGGGGCCAACGACACGGCAGAAUCCGAAUCCAGUCCCUGUCCGCUAGUCAUUGCUGAAGCCGGCUGCACGACGGGAAAUAUCAUCAAAAAAACCAUGGAAGCAGGCCUCACAGUGCCGCUGGGGUCUCGCCCAAGCGUGGGCGCUGGCUUAUGGCUGCAGGGAGGUAUCGGACAUUUGGCUCGAGUUCACGGUCUCACAUGCGACGCUAUAGUUGGUGCCGUUGUCGUUGGCGUUGAAUCUGGUCAGAUCUUUUGCAUUGGCUCAGUACCUUCUGAACACUGGCCAGGGGGUGCCAUCCGUCCAGGUAACGAGGCCGACUUGCUCUGGGCCAUCAAAGGGGCUGGAACGAGUGUUGGCAUUGUGGCAAACGUUGUUUUCAAGGCCACCAAAGUCCGAAAUUACUCGGUUCAAAAUUGGGUUAUUCCUCUCCCAGACAAAUCCACAGCCGAUGUCAAACUGGAUCAGAUUGGACGGCUCACUGGAAGUAAUUUGCCUCGCAACUGUUCCGUUGAUGCUUACCUGUACUGUGAUAAUGAUCAAUUACACCUCGGGGUAACAAGACUUGAAUCAUUCAUCUCCAGAGGUCAGGAAAUGCCGAUGCUCAACCUGCCAAAUCUCGAUCCAAUUCUGGGACAGGGAAGUGAGAUCAGAACAAUGAAUGGCGUUGAACUCUUUGAAGCUGAAAUGCACAUGUCGCUCAUGCAUGGCGGUCAUGACGCUGCCAAAACAUCUUCAUUCAAACGGUGUUUAUUCCUGAAAGAUCUCGGAUCACCAAUGACCUCCAUUCUGGUAUCCGCUCUCGAGAGUCGCCCAACGAGUUUCUGCUACUUCCAUUUAUUACAUGGAGGCGGUGCAGUUCGCGAAGUUGCGUUCAAUGCCACAGCUUUUGGUUGUCGCGACUGGGAAUAUGCCUGCGUGAUCACUGGGGUCUGGCGUCGAAAUGACGAUGAUACCCAAGUUGCCCGAGCAGCCAUCGACUGGGUGUACAAAGUAGCCAAUGAUCUACUGCAACUGGAUUGUGGGGUAUACAAUGCAGAUCUUGGGCCAGACCCCCGAGAUGCAGCACUGGUAGCCAAUGCGUUCGGGCCAAAUGCAGAACGCCUUGUCGGUAUAAGACACAGGGCAGAUCCGCACAACGUUCUCGCAUUUACCUGCCCGAUUCCGAGAUCGACAAAAUGCAACAGACAAAGAGUUACUUUCCUUGUUUCUGGUGAUAGUUGCGCUGGCAAAGACUACUGCGCUCCUAUUUGGGCUUCUGUGUUACGUGCGCGCAGGCAGAAGCCCCUUACGGCUCGCGUUGUGAGCAUCAGCACUGCGACGAAGAUGGCCUAUGCGACCGCUACUGGUGCGGACGCGGCCCGUUUGCUUAAUGAUCGGCCCUACAAGGAGCAACAUCGGGCUGCGAUUGGUUCAUUUUUCCAGAAGCAGUUGGAGCAGAGACCUCGAUUGCUGGAAGAGCAAUUUGUCGAUGUGGUCAAAGAUAAUCUUGAUGUCGACGUGCUUUUCAUCACUGGAAUGCGGGACAAAGCCCCGGUCGCAUCCCUCUCGCAUCUAGUGCCAGACACGAAACUGGCUGACAUUCAUGUCCGAGCCAGUGAAGCGACAAAACAAGCUCGAAAGGGAGUUAAUGACAAUGAAACUCUUCAGGACCAUGAGGUUUCCAGCGUGACUGAAUUGGACUACAGCCCAGCUUUAGUCUUCGAUAAUGACAUGACGGGAAGCGAGGCAGUUGAGCAAUUUGCGAGCCAAUUCCUGCCCCCUUUUCUCGAUAACCGCCUUCAGAAGCUAGCUGACAUGGUCCGGGUAGUACCCAACUUUCCAUCUCGAGGCAUCAAUUUCCGGCAUGUGCUCAGCUUGCUUCAACAACCCUCUGGGCUUGCCCAUUGUGUAUCUUUGCUGAGAGAUCACUUCAUUCAAAAGGCCCCAGUCAAUGUCAUAGUAUCUUGCGAGGCCGGCGGAUUUGUAUUUGCCUCGCCCCUAGCGUUGAUCACCGAUACACCAGUGGUGUUGGUUCGAAAUGCUGGCAAACUACCACCACCGACAUAUAGCGUUUCCAAAGUUGCUUCUCACAUCUCGGAAUCGCUUCAAUCAACGGAAAGCAAGAUUGAGCUGGAACGAAACGCGAUUCCCAGGGGGGCUUCGGUGGUGAUGGUUGACGAUGUCUUUGCGUCAGGAAGGACAAUCUGUGCAAUGCUCCGGCUCUUGGAGAAAGCCCAUGUCUGUAUUCAAGAUGUCAGUGUCUUGGUUGUGGCUGAAUUUCCUCUUCAUGCUGGCCGGAAACUUCUGCAUCGGUGUGGAUUUGGGGCUGUCAGUGUUCAAAGUCUCUUGGUGUUUGAUGGUGCAUAG